AUGGCGGCUCGAACCUUCAUCUUGUGGCUUCACGGGCUUGGCGAUUCUGGACCUGCGAACGAACCUAUCAAGACAAUUUUCAAAUCCCCUGAGUUUAGGAACACUAAGUGGCUCUUCCCUUCUGCUCCAUCAAAUCCGGUUUCCUGCAAUUAUGGUAUGGUGAUGCCUUCUUGGUUUGACAUCCUUGAGCUUCCUCUUACGGCGGGCUCCCCGAGAGAUGAAAGCAGUGUGCUUAAAGCGGUUAAGAACGUUCAUGCCGUUAUAGAUCAGGAGAUUUCAGGAGGAAUAAAACCAGAAAAUGUGUAUAUCUGUGGAUUUAGCCAAGGAGGCGCGUUAACCUUAGCUAGUGUUCUUCUUUACCCAAAAGCUCUUGGAGGAGGUGCAAUCUUCAGCGGAUGGGUUCCAUUCAACUCUUCAAUCAUCAAUCAGUUUACCGAAGAUGCGAAAAAGACACCAAUCUUGUGGUCUCAUGGCAUUGACGACAAGACUGUACUAUUCGAAUCUGGUCAAGCAGCUCUUCCUUUUCUUCAAGAAGCUGGUGUUACUUGUGAAUUCAAGGCUUAUCCGGAUCUCGGGCACUCGAUCAGUACUAAGGAGCUGCAAUAUCUGGAGUCAUGGAUCAAACAACGGAUGCAGAGUUCUUCGUCAUGA